UCGGUCAGUCAUUAUUCAUUUUGUCCCUUUUUUUUCGUAACAUACUACACCACCCCCUCUCUUUUUUUUUGUUAUAAAGUAAUAUGUUGAAGUUCUUGCAAUCUUCUUCAACCAAAGCAUUACGUACUGCUCACACCAACGCUGGUAGAAUGGCCUCCCGUGGUCUUCACCAUGCUAAGCCUGCUAUGCAAGUCAUGGCUACUAACCCUCUCCGUGCUAAAGAAGCUACUGGUCCCAUUGCUAGUCAAUAUCCCGUCAUUGACCACGAAUACGAUGCUGUCGUUGUCGGUGCUGGUGGUGCCGGUCUUCGUGCUGCUUUUGGUCUUGCCGAAGCUGGUUUAAACACUGCUUGUAUUACAAAGUUGUUCCCUACUCGUUCUCACACUGUCGCAGCUCAGGGUGGUAUCAAUGCUGCUCUUGGUAACAUGACAGAAGAUGACUGGAGAUGGCACAUGUACGAUACUGUCAAAGGUUCUGAUUGGCUUGGUGAUCAAGACGCUAUUCACUACAUGUGUCGUGAAGCUCCUAGCACUGUCAUUGAACUUGAAAACUAUGGUGUUCCUUUCUCUAGAACUCCUGAGGGUAAGAUCUACCAACGUGCCUUUGGUGGUCAAAGUUUGAAGUAUGGUAAGGGUGGUCAAGCCUACCGUUGUGCUGCCGUCGCUGAUCGUACUGGUCAUGCCAUUCUUCACACUUUAUACGGUCAAUCUCUUCGCCACAACACCAACUACUUUAUCGAAUACUUUGCUCUUGAUUUGAUCAUGGAAGAUGGUGAAUGUAAGGGUGUUGUUGCCUUGAACAUGGAAGAUGGUACCAUUCACCGUUUCAGAUCUCACAAGACUGUUCUUGCCACCGGUGGUUACGGUCGUGCCUACUUCUCUUGUACUUCUGCCCACACCUGUACCGGUGAUGGUAAUGCUAUGGUUGCCCGUGCUGGUCUCCCUCUCCAAGAUCUUGAAUUCGUUCAAUUCCACCCUACCGGUAUCUAUGGUUCUGGUUGUCUUAUCACUGAAGGUUCUCGUGGUGAAGGUGGUUAUCUUGUCAACUCUGCUGGUGAACGUUUCAUGGAACGUUACGCUCCUACUGCCAAGGAUUUGGCUUCCCGUGACGUUGUCUCUCGUGCCAUGACCAUGGAAAUCAAGGCUGGUCGUGGUGUUGGUCCUGAAAAGGAUCACAUCUAUCUUCAACUUCACCACUUGCCUCCUGCUGUCCUUCAUGAACGUUUGCCUGGUAUUUCCGAAACUGCUGCUAUUUUCGCCGGUGUUGAUGUGACCAAAGAACCUAUUCCUGUCUUACCUACUGUUCACUACAACAUGGGUGGUAUUCCUACCCGUUACACUGGUGAAGUGAUCAAGGUCAAUGAAAAGGGUGAAGAUGAAGUUAUUCCUGGUCUUUAUGCUGCUGGUGAAGCUGCCUGUGUCUCUGUCCAUGGUGCUAACCGUCUUGGUGCCAACUCACUUUUGGAUAUCGUUGUCUUUGGUCGUGCUGUCGCUCACCACAUUGCCGAGACACUUGAACCCAACACUCCCUUGAAGCCUUUUGCUGCUGAUGCUGGUGCUCAAACACUCGCUAACUUGGACAAGCUCAGAAAUGCUUCUGGUUCCAAGCGUACCUCUGAAAUUCGUCUCGACAUGCAAAAGGUGAUGCAAUCUGAUGCUGCUGUCUUUAGAACUCAAGAAACACUUGAUGAAGGUGUUACUAAGAUUGACAAGGUUUGGAGCUCAUUCAAGGACGUUGGUGUUACUGAUCGUGGUAUGAUCUGGAACACUGAUUUGGUCGAAACACUUGAACUUCAAAACUUGUUGACUUGUGCUUCUCAAACCAUGCAUUCUGCUGCUGUUCGUAAGGAAUCUCGCGGUGCUCAUGCCCGUGAUGACUGUACUGAGCGUGACGAUGUUAACUGGAUGAAACAUACCCUCUCUUACCAAAACCAAGAAACUGGUGAAGUCACUCUCAGCUACCGUGCUGUCACUGACACUACUCUUGACGAAGCUGAAUGCAAGCCUGUUCCUCCAUUUGCCCGUGUUUACUAAACCAUCUAUUAUAUAUAUAAAAAAGAUAUAUAAACUAGUGUUGAGUCAAUUAGUAGUGUACUAAUCCAGCGCACUACAUAUUUUUUUUCUUUUAUAAAAUAUCAGAUUUGAAAAAAAAAAAAA